AUGCCUUCUUAUCGACACUGUACACAUCGCCGAAAAUAUUUACUAGGUGUAGUACUGCUCAUCAUCGUUGAUAUACUAUGGGUUAUUUCCAUCGAAUUAACACAGUAUUCUACUGAUGCUGAUUCUGAAGGAAAAGAAGAUCACCAAGUUAAUGGUACAAAAGAUGAACAAGAAGUCAAUAUCGUAUACGAACCUCUGCAAACACCUUGGUUAGAAACAAUUAAAUGGACCGAACUGCCUAAGCGUGAAGAAAUACGAAAAGUUGGGGAUAAAUCCAAUCCUAAGAAAUCCAAAAAACGAGUCUCAUUUAAUACGCAACGAAUGGUCUGCAAAAUGCCAGAUAAUUACUCCGCAGAAGCCCGCUUAGCAAGAUUAUCCUAUAAUGAUACUCUAGCAUUGGAAAAGAAACUGUAUAAUAGCAUGGCUCCAAUGUAUACCUUCACUAUCCUUAAAGUUGCGAUAUUCGUAGUUACACCGUGGUUUGUAACGAAUGUAGUCUUUGCGGAAGCCUUAACAAGCACUGAUGUUCUAACGAUCAAUAUGUUUGUUGCUUUGUCCGGUAUAUUUGUUAUGGUCUUAAGCUUUGCGUGUAAUAAUGCUGAAUCAGAAGCAUUUACCCUAUCUAAAUUUUUGGCAAUCGUAGUCAGUCUCUCCGGUGUUGCAAUGCUACUAUUUGGCAAUCUAAAAAUAACAAAUAAAUGGCCACUCAGUGCAUUUCUUGCGUGUAUUGGCGCUCUCUCAUUUACGGGCUAUCUACUGUUCGUGAAAAGAUCAGUUCUAACGAAGACACAGAUUAGUACGCCUUUAAUAUUUGGCUAUGUUGGUCUAUUUGCAAUGUUAACUACAUGGCCUAUGCUUAUUGGUAUUAAUUAUGCCCAUUUUGAGCCAUUUGAAUUUCCUCCUAUCCAAGUUUUGCUGCUGCUACUUAUCGACGCCUUACUAAAUAGCUUUAUUGGUUUCUUGUGGCUCUGGAGUAGUGUGUUAACAUCAUCAAUAAUGGCUGUAGCUUCCUUGAAUCUUACCAUCCCCCUAACUGUUAUCGUUAAUGUAGUAGUGAAAAAGGAAAAAUUUGAAGCCAUAUACGUUGGUGGCGGUAUUCUUGUCUUAUUAUCGUAUUUGGCAUUAUGUUGGGCUUGUUAUUACGAUAAUUGGGAUCCUGUAUGCUGCAUUUUCCGUCAAUUAUUGACCUGUUUUAAGAGAAAAGUCCUGCGUUUGUUUUGUUUCACUUCAUGUCGGUAA